AUGAAUGAAAAUAAGCUGAGAGUGAAAGUGCAGGGUGUUACUUCCGCGAUGGGGAGUGGUUCCCAUUUUCUUUUUGACUGGAGGGUGCUGAGAUACUUCCGGAUUGAUGGCCAUAAUUGGAGGAAGAAGAAAGAUGGAAAGACAGUGAAGGAGGCUCAAGGUAUGUUCUGGGUGAUGUUGCUAUGUUUUGUGGACUUGAAUUUUAAGCUGGAAGCAUUGAUGUAUUUCAUUGCUACUAUGCCCAUGGAGAAGAUAAUGAAAAUUUUCGAAGGCGUAGCUACUGGAUGCUUGAAGAAAAAAUAUCACAUUCCUUCCGUUCCCUUCUUCGUUCCUCUUCAUUUGCAUCUUACCGUUGCCCUGGCCCAACGCACAAAAGUGUUGGACCAUGACAGGCCCCGUCAUGGGCCAGCAGAACGUGACACGGCCAACUUUACUCUGGUUUAUGCAUGGAUGAUAUAUAUUUGUUCACAGAACUGUAAACGUGAGGUUAAAUUAGUUGAUUUGGCAUUCUGGAAAAAAGAAGCUAAAGUGAAGUCGGAGGGGCAGGAUACUGUAUAUAUUUUGUUUAACUUAUGCUUGUGA